AUGCGGGGACGACUUGGAGAAGAAGGCAAGGCUGGUUCUGGUAAUGUGGAAUUUGUCCGCGCGUGGCUAGAUGCGUGGCUCCUCUGUGGCUGGGUCUUGGCAUUGCUCGCCGUCAAUUCGGGGGAAGUGCGGAUGCUCCGCUUUUUUGCGCGAUCGACCCAGCACCCACCAGAACGCCCAAGGGCCCCCAAACGCCAUCGCGUGCACUCUUCCGCUAGUGGGGCGUGGAGACUGCUGUUCUUUCUUUUAGCGGCAACACUGAAGAUCGGCGAAGGAUUAAGCUUGGCCGUGCUACUUGCAGAGCCUCGCAGGAUGGUCACCCGCGACCGUGUCCCCCUUAUCAUGGAAAUGCAUGUGUUUGAGUGCCAUGUCGAGUCCAAGGUGCUCUCAGCCGUUGAUUCGCGGAAUCCGAGUCUAGCUCCCCUGAGUGCAGGCUAUCCCAUGCUAGUUGAAAUUACGUGA